GAGAGCAUCGAAUGGCAGUCGCCAUCUUGCAGCGUUUCGGUUGACAGUUGUUGGUUUGCGUAGCGAGAGGACGUCGGUUUGUCAGUUAGCAGAUUAGUCAAAGUAACGAUGGAUUGUUCCAAGUCGAUUGCCGAUGAUAAAGUAAGACUUUCCAUGUGAUUUAACAGUAAAGAUGGUGGACGACAGGCGUCUAUUGGUUCGAUUGUCUGGAUGCUAUUGUGUUGCGACGACCGCGAGGCAUGCAGGUCGGUAGCCCCGCGUGAAUCAAAUUUUGGCGAUGGUGAGGUGGAGUAUAUACAACGCCAGUGUAUUGAGCCGUGUGGCUCUUCGUAUUUUGUUCCUCCUUUGUUGGUUUUUUAAUGUCGGACUAGCUUACGAAGUUCAUUUGUCUGCCAGAGACAAUAAACCUGGAGUUACUCUGUUUAAUGCCAGCUUAGGUAAUGGAAGAUCGUAUAGUGUCGAUCCUCAUCACACACCCAGGUAUGUAUCUCGACUGGUCCACGUUACACCUCAGGAGGGGGUGGUGUAUCUUAGACAUAGCGUCAGGUGUGCCGGGUCUCAUCUAUCCGACCUGGCUACAAAUCCUUUUGUAGUUUACGUGCAGUCUCGAAGUUUUCGGCUAAGUGGCUCCGAGACGGAACAAGUUUCUCUUCCUCUUGUUGUGUUUUACAAACAUAGAACCUGUCAUCGAAUUCGGAACAUCGUCGAACAUUCCAAUCUGACUAUCGUGUACGUUACCGUUGUAGAUCAAGAAGACGGCGUGUGCUACAAAACAAGUCAAUUUGUAAUGAACUUGGCACGAUUGUUGCCCGCUCAGGUGAAAAAAUGUGCAGUCGACUUUGAAAAACCAUCAGAUUCCAGGUAUACAAUUGAAAAGAAAGGUAAAGAUUUUGUUGCCAACACCGAUUUUUGUGUUCGUUCGAAAUUGUGGCAAGUAACGAUUCCUUUUCGUAUUAAAUGCGUUUCUGAUGAAAUAAAACAGGUUUUAGAAAUAAAUUUUCACGUACCUGGACAGCUUUAUCAAGACGAUUACAUCUUGACGGGUCGUAGACGGAGGCGAGAAAUGAGAAACAUUCCACCUUAUUUCGAUCGAGCAUUAUAUAUAGUUAGUGUACCCGAAGAAAAGGAAAGAGGACACGUAGUAACAACAUUAACAGCUACCGAUAUUAAUCAAGACGAGAUUACUUAUUCCCUUCACGCUGUUCUUGACGCUCGCAGUCAGUCUAUGUUUACUAUAGACUCGAUAUCCGGAGUCAUUACCACUACAGCGCGGCUGGAUCGCGAAUAUAUGGACGUUCAUUAUCUGAGAAUUACCGCUACCGAUUCGGGUACCCCUUCUAAAAGUGGUAGCACCACUUUACAGAUUAAUGUUGUGGAUUAUAACGAUCAUAGUCCGGUAUUUGAACAAGCAACUUACGAAACAUCAAUCAGAGAAUCCGUGUCGGUUGGAUCUACGGUAGUGACGGUUCGAGCUACGGAUCAGGACACCGGAACAAAUGCAGAUGUAGAAUACAGUAUCCUCAAUCCAACAGGCGUUAAUGAUGCCUUCAGAAUAGAUCCAAAAACUGGGAUCAUCACCACACGUUCUGCGUUAGAUAGAGAGAGCACGUCAAUGUAUAGUAUUUUGGUUCAAGCUUCCGACUUGGGUCCCGUUGCCGAUAGAAAAUCGGCAACAACCACAGUGGAAAUUAUCAUAAAGGACGAUAAUGAUAAUUAUCCACAGUUUACAGAGAAAUCGUAUACGGUUCAGGUAGCCGAAGAUAUUAAUUGGGUUAACAACCCUGUAAUUGCAUCAGUUAAAGCCUACGAUGCCGAUGCUGGAAUAAAUGCGGCUCUACGUUAUAGUUUGAUCGGAGGUAAUACGCAAGGACACUUUGUUAUCGAUAGUUUAUCGGGGGAUAUAUCUGUGGUAUCACCGCUAGAUUACGAGUCUGCUCGAAGCUAUAGAUUAGUAGUUAGAGUACAAGAUGGAGGAUUACCGUCACGAUCAAAUACUACUCAGGUAUUAGUAAACAUAUUGGAUGUAAAUGACAACGAUCCAAAAUUCUACACAUCCCUAUUUCAAGAAUCUGUGAUCGAAAACGUUCCUAUAGGCCACAGUAUCGUUAGAGUUCAGGCCUAUGACGCUGAUGACGGUGUUAAUUCGCAAAUUGUUUACGUAAUUCAAAGCAAAAUACCCGAUAUGUCUGUCACUAUAAAUAAAGAUUCGGGUUGGAUUGUAACCACUCGAGAAUUAGAUAGGGAGGAACGAAGUAAUUACGAGUUUUCGGUUGUAGCUUCGGAUCAGGGUCAACCGUCACGAUCGGCAACGGCAAGGGUCAUUAUCCGGAUUCAGGACAUAAAUGACAACGAUCCUAUCUUUGAUCCGAAAGUAUACGAGGCAAGCGUUUCUGAAAUAGAUCCUCCAGGGACUCCUGUCGUCAGCGUGACUGCAACGGAUAGAGACGAGGAUCCACGCCUUAUCUAUCAAAUCACUAAUGGCAACGUGCGUGGCAGAUUUAACAUCAUCAGCCAAAAUAGACAAGGGUUGAUAUCCAUCGCCCAGCCAUUAGACUACAAACUGGAAAAACGUUUCGUGCUGACAAUCACUGCCACCGAUUCGGGAGGGAGAACAGAUGUGGCCACCGUUUAUGUCAAUGUCACCGAUGCUAACACGCAUAGACCAGUUUUUGAACGUACUCCUUACUCGGCUAGCGUGCCCGAGGAUUCACCUAUUGGCACCACUGUAUUAGUAGUCGAAGCAUCCGACGGUGACGUAGGAGAAAAUGCUAGAAUUACUUACACCAUGGAUAACGUACCAGAAUUUCGAAUUGAUCCAAAUACUGGAUCCGUAGUUACAGCUAAAUUGUUAGAUAGAGAAAAAGUACCGGGAUAUACUAUAGUGGUAACUGCACAAGAUAACGGCAAUCCACCAAUGGCAGAUACCACUAAUGUAGAAAUAGAAGUUUCAGAUGUCAACGAUAAUAGCCCUUCCUUUCAUCCUGCAAGUUAUACCAGCGCCGUGAGCGAGGAUGCUCUUGUAGGAACCAGCGUUUUGCAAAUAUCUGCUAACGAUAAAGAUCUAGGACUAAAUGGCCAGAUAAGAUACACGUUUAUGGGUGGGGAAGAUGGAAACGGUGCUUUUAGUGUGGACCCAACAUCUGGUAUUAUUCGCACGAAUAGAAUUUUGGAUCGAGAAUCUGUUCCGAUUUACAAUUUAAUGGCUUUUGCAAUCGACAGAGGUUCUCCUUCUUUAUCCUCUUCGGUGUCAGUCACGGUAUAUGUAGAGGACAUCAACGACAACCCUCCUAGGUUUGAAUCGGAUAAAAUAAAGCUUUUCGUGCCAGAGAAUAGCCCCAUCGGUUGGACAGUAGGGGAAAUAAAGGCUUACGACCCAGACGAAGGUCCUAAUGCCGAUAUACAAUACAGCAUAGUGGGAGGAGCCGAUGCCAAUUCGUUCACUCUUGUUUCCAGACCGGGAGAACCGGCCGAACUCACCACUAGAAUCGAACUCGAUUACGAAAGUGUGAAGAAAAAGUAUAAUGUCAUUAUACGAGCGUCAUCUCCCCCAUUACGUAACGACGUCGACGUAGAAAUUUGGGUGAAAGACGUCAACGAUAAUGGACCCGUGUUAAAUGACUUUACCAUAUUAUUUAAUAAUUAUAAGAAUUAUUUCCCAGUCGGUCCGAUUGGACGUGUUCCCGCAUUCGAUGCCGACGUUACCGAUCAACUUCAUUAUAAAUUUGUAUCCGGUAACAAUGCCAAUCUUCUGAUUUUGAACGAAACUACGGGAGAGAUUCGACUAAGUCCUAGCCUCAAUACUAACGUUCCGAUUCAUGCCGUUAUGGAAGUUAGCGUAUACGAUGGUAUCAAUGAAGUUCUUGCAGAAUGUCAACUGAUUGUGCGACUCGUGACAGAAGCCAUGCUAUUUAACAGUGUAACUGUACGCCUGAACGACAUGACACAAACUUCGUUCCUUUCACCCGUUUUUGAUUACUUUUUAGAAGGUCUAGCUGCUAUUAUACCUUGCCCAAAAGAUAAUAUUUAUAUCUUUAACGUUCAGGACGAUACGGAUGUCGAAGCCAAGAUUUUAAACGUCAGUUUUUCUGCUAGAAGUUUUGAUUCUGGAUCUUUUUAUAGUCCACAGUAUCUUCAAGAGAGAGUUUAUCUAAACCGAGCUAUUUUAGCACGACUAGCAAAUGUUCAGGUAUUACCUUUCGAUGAUAACCUGUGCGUUAGGGAACCGUGUGUUAACUUUGAAGAAUGUUUAUCUGUUCUGAAGUUUGGAAAAGCUUCUGGCUUUAUAGCUUCGGACAGUUUGUUGUUCCGGCCCAUUUAUCCCGUCAACACAUUUGCCUGUCGAUGUCCUUCGGGAUUUACAGGUAUGAAUCAUAAUUACGAGUGCGAUACGGAAGUUAACCUGUGUUAUUCUAAUCCGUGUGGAAAAAACGGAACUUGCGUAAGAAAAGAAGGUGGUUACGCUUGUUUAUGUAAAGAAGGAUUUACUGGAAAAAACUGUGAGGUAAAUCUUUGGGAAGACGGAUGCAGGGUGGGAUUAUGUUCUGGAAAUUCUCGUUGCAAAAUUUCCGAAGGAGGAAUUGUCUGUCAAAAUUGUACGCAUCACUCUUGGAGCACAAAGUUUUGUGAACUUCGCGCAAGAAGCUUUCCUAGGGGUUCUUUUUUAACUUUUCCUUCACUUCGACAACGUCAUCGUAUCCAUAUUAAACUCAGAUUUGCCACCCGUGAGAAAAAUGCAGUUAUUCUCUAUAAUGGCCGAUAUAAUGAUAAACAUGACUUUAUUGCAUUAGAAAUUAUCAAUUCACAAUUAGUGUUUUCCUUCUCUCUUGGAGUAAAAAUAUCAAAAGUUUCUGCUUCCAUUCCUGGUGGAAUUAGUGAUGGACAGUGGCAUACAGUUGAAAUUACUUAUUUAAAUAGGACAGCAACAAUCAGUAUCGAUAACUGUGACAGUGCAUUGGCAAUCAAACAUGGAAUAGAACUUGGAAAUUAUCUUUGUGCAAAUAAAACUACACAAAUUUUAGAACCUAGGUGUGCCGAUUUAAUGCAAACGUGCUAUCGAUAUUUGGAUCUGAUGGGUCCAUUACAGCUUGGCGGACUUCCCAUUCUCCCAUCCAAAUUCCAAAUUGCUAAUAAGGAUUUUGUUGGUUGUAUUAUGGAUUUAUACAUAGAUCAUAAAUUAUUAGAUCUUAACAGUUUUGUUGCUAACAAUGGAACAAUUGCCGGAUGCUCGGAGAAAAAAGGAUUUUGUCAGUCUCAUCCUUGUCAGAAUGGUGGUUUAUGUGAGGAAGGAUGGGGUUCUUAUGUUUGCCGAUGUCCCGUCGGAUUUGGAGGCCAGGAUUGUGACACAGACUUGUGGAAAAAUUUAGAAAGAGGAGUGGAACCAGCCAGACAUUUCUUAGGCGAUGGAUUUCUCAUAUUUAAUCCUCAUUUCCGUCCAAUAAACAUGCCCUGGAUUAACAGUUUAUCAUUUCGAACUAGGCAGGAGGAUGGGCUUUUAAUGCAAAUACAACUCGGUCAAAACAAUAAGAUUGAAUUAGAAAUUAUCAAUGGUCACAUACGUUAUCAUCUAAAUGAUAAAUUUCUUAUAUUACCUGAUGUCAGAGUGAAUGAUGGAAAGUGGCAUCACAUUGAAGCAAAAUGGAUGAGUAAUGGUGUAUGGCUUAGCUUAGAUUAUGGUCAAUACGAGAUUACAAAAGACAUUGAAGGUAGUAUUAAAGGAAUGUAUAUUGGUAAAGUAUCCAUUGGUGGAUUAGAACCAAGUGAAUUAUUAGAGAAAGUUAAUUAUUUUAAAGGAUGUAUUCAGAAUGUAAAAAUAGGAAAUAAUCAAGAGGCUUGGUUACGUCCAACGGUCGAAACAAAUGUAAGAGAAGGAUGUAGAGUUCCUAAUCCGUGUCAUUCUAAUACAUGUCCUGCUCACAGUCAAUGUAUUGACUUAUGGGAAGAUUAUAAAUGUCAGUGUGAUCCAGGAUAUGUAGGAGAAGAGUGCCUUCCUGUUUGUCAAUUGAAUCCUUGUGAAUAUAAAUCAUUAUGUCAUGUAAUUGAACCUGGAAAGUCAUUACAUCCAUACAGUCAUAAUUAUUAUUGUGAAUGUGACUCUUUACACUCAGGACAGUAUUGUGAGAUUCCUUUUGAUCAGCCAUGCCCUUCAAAUUGGUGGGGAUAUCCUAUAUGUGGACCAUGUGAUUGUGAUGUUAGCAAAGGUUACGAUGCUAAUUGUAAUAAAUCAACGGGUGAAUGUACAUGUGAAGAAAAUCAUUUUCAACCUCCAAAUAGCGAUAUAUGUUUUGAUUGUGACUGUUAUGCAACUGGAUCUUUUAGUAAUCGUUGCGAUCCAUUCACUGGGCAAUGCCGAUGCAGAGCAGGUGUUAUAGGUCGCAGAUGUGAUUCGUGUUCAAAUCCAUUUGCAGAAGUCACAUUGAGAGGUUGCGAAGUUAUAUAUGAUAGUUGUCCCCAAUCAUUUAGUAAUGGAAUAUGGUGGGAAAGAACAUUAUUUGAACAUAGAGCUAUUCACAUAUGUCCUAAAGGUUCAAGAGGUAAUGCUUCAAGAUUAUGUACUUCGGAUAUUGGUUGGGAAAAACCGGAUCUAUUUAAUUGUACAUCUGACACUUUUCUAGAAUUAUCUGAUCAACUCUCUGUUAUAGAAAUAAAUAAAUUGCCUCUCAGUACAUACUUAGCCAUAAAAAUUUCUGCUGAUAUGAAAAAUGCUGUAAAUGCUACUGAACAACUUUAUGGAACAGAUAUUUUAAUUCUUGCACGUCUCCUUCACCAUGUUUUAAAUUAUGAAAAUCAUCAGAGAGGUUUAAAUUUGACUCAUCGCCAAGAUAGAGACUUUAUUCAGAAUUUAGUAUUUUCAGCAAGUGCCAUUUUUGAACCACGUUAUUUUGAAGUCUGGGAGCGUAUUGCAACCAUUACAGGAGACGGACCAGAACAUCUCCUAUUAAUGUUCGAAAAGUAUGGACAAACACUAGUGUAUAAUCAAGGAGAUACAUUUACAAAACCUUUUGAAAUUGCAUCAAAAAAUAUGAUAUUUGGAUUAGAUACAAUUUCUACUGCAGAAUUAUGGGGUUAUUCUAUACUUCGAGAUAAUAAUAAAAACUCAACUUACUCAUUGCAUCCCGAACCAUCUGCAUAUUUAGAAAUAUUUCACGAAGACAGCGGUCCUUCAGUAAUUAUACCAAAAUAUAAUAAUUAUCCUGUACGCAAACACUAUGCAGAUGAUAUUACUCGUGCCAUAAUUCCCUUAAAAACAAUCGGUGUAAAGAGCUUAUUAGAUACAAAUAAUGCACGUCACAAUUCAAAUCAUAUCCCAAAAGAAGUAGCUGUAAUUUCAUAUCUUAUAUAUCCAACUAUGGGAGAAAUAUUGCCUAAAUUUUACGACGUGAUCAUCAGGCAAAGAUAUGGGAUCAAUUUGGGAGUUAGCUCUCCAAUCAUUACAUUAGUGGCCCAACCAUUGAAUCAGAGUUCUACUUUGAAUAGUCUCCUACAUAAUAUCCGAUUCCGAUUCCGUAUUCUCGAUAUAACUAGUCGUAGUAAUCCACAAUGUGUUCAUUGGAAUUUUGGAAUUGGUGAUCGAGGAAAAUGGUCAUCUAAAGGUUGCAAAGUAGAAGCUGUUUCUUAUGGUCAUCAUCCUUAUGUAAAUUGUAGUUGUGGUCAUUUGUCUAGUUUUUCAGUAUUGAUGGAUAUCACCGAUAGAGAAUUUUUAAUUGAAGAAUCAGUUGCUCAAGAUAUCGUAUCAUACGUUGGAAUAAUUAUAUCAUUACUAAUGUUAGCAGCUUCAUUUAUUGUAUUUUGCAUUCUUCGUGGGUUACAAACUAAUAGCAACACAAUUCAUAAAAAUCUAGUUGCAUGCUUAUUUUUUGCAGAAUUACUAUUCUUGGUAGCUCUUAAAUCUCGAAGGAAUUUAGUUCAUAAAGAGUUUCCAUGUAAAGUUGUUGCAAUUUUAUUGCACUAUACAUUUUUAUGCAUAUUUUCUUGGAUGUUCAUGGAAGCAGUUCAUCUUUAUCGAAUGUUAACCGAAAUGAGAGAUAUUAAUCACGGUCAAAUGAGAUUUUAUUACUCCAUUGGUUAUGGUGCUCCAGCUAUUAUUGUUGGACUUGCAGUUGGAGUUAGAGCAGAUCAGUAUGGAAAUUAUUUUUUCUGCUGGUUGUCUAUUUAUGAAAGCGUUGUAUGGAGCCUCGUUGGUCCAAUAUGCUUUGUCGUUUUGCUCAACUUAGGUGUGUUUGCCAUGUCAAUUCGUGCCAGUAUACAAAUAAAAGAUACUGUUACAGAUUUUGGUAAUCUGAGAACGAUGUUGUGGCUUGGCAUUGUUUUAUUGCCAUUACUAGGAGCAACUUGGGUUUUGGCCAUGCUCUCUGUGAAUGAAUCACUUGAUUUAUUACACUAUAUUUUCUCUGUUUUUUGCAUGGUAUCAGGAAUUUAUAUCUUUGUAGGAUAUUGUAUUAUAAACAAAAAGGUUAGACAACAACUUAUUGUGACUUGGGCGCAUCUCACUGGAAAGAAGGUGCCUUAUGAUGAGAGCCUAAGUGGGACAAGAACUACUAUGGUGUCUCGUUCUGCUCUUGCCUAUCACAAUUCUUCUUUUGAUAUCUUACAUCGAAACAUUGGCAUUUCUACUUCUUCGACUACCAGUCGUUCGACAGCCAAAACAUCAAGUAGCCCUUAUCGUUCAGAUUCUCACUUGAGAAAUACUUCUACCUCGACUUCAGGUAAUAUCAAUUCCAGUUCUGAAGCAAGAGGACACACAUCAAGGAAAGCUUAUUUAUAUCACAAAUCGAGAAGCAGAGAUAAGAUGAUUGAUGAUCCAGACACGGGUGAAGUUAAUAGAAGAAGAACUAGAGAUUCUGAUUCCGAUAGCGACCUAUCGUUAGAUCACGCAUCUCUAGAUUUGGCUUCGAGUCAUUCGUCCGACGAAGAUGAAUAUGACGGAAGACACUGGAGACAAAAUAAAAACCACAGUAAAAAACCAGAAUUGCCACCAAAAUCAAAUAUUAUUGCAGAAUCGGAAAGCACCGUUGGACCAAUAAGUCACAGUUUUAAUAUGUUAUCAAAUAAUUCAGGUGGUUUGGGUGUGAAUAUCUCUCCAUAUAACUAUGCUUCAAAAUGGAUGAUGCCUCAUAAUAUUUCUGUUCAGUCACAAACACCCAUGAGUAUUGCAAUAGAUGACAGAGAGGGUAGUUUUCCAGUCAUAAUAGGAAGUAAUGGAAAACCAAUCAAUCAGCAACAGAGAGAGAUUCCAGCUCCUCAGUUCAGAAACAUUACAGAUCUCACGUCAUAUCUAGAAUCGACGUUGUCCCCUCCGUUAGCAGACGAAAGUCCGAGUCCAGAACAACUGCCGGUGCCAGAAAGAGCAGAUAGCCUACCAAGUAAUAUUAAUACCGUUAAUAACAAUUUAAAUUCUAUACAAAACGAUGGUUGUAAUGAGACCAGUAGUCAGACGUCGCCAAAGCUUUCGUCGGUGUUAUCCGGACACAAAAUGGUCAUUCCGCCUUUGACUGCCACAGAACUCUCCUCGGAAUCUGAUCACGAGGGAAAGUAAUGAAACAUCAGUAUGACAUCAGUCCGGGAGAGGAAUCGUAACUAAUUUAUAUAUUAUGCAUGCUACAUUAUAAACUUGAUUUUUAAUUGAUCAUUAAAAAAAAUGACCAGGCUGUCGAGAAGCAGAUGUAGAUUCUAUGUGGAUGCUUGGUGAAAAUGUGUAAUUCUGUGUCAAGAUCACGAGCCUUAUUUUGCAUAACUGUGAAUGCUUGAUCACCUUUUUAUCUAAUGCCAAAUGAACUGGAACUAAAUUCUGUAUAUUACUGCACUGUAAAUUGAUAUGUUCCUUGGAAUGUCCCAAAGAGAAUUGCCAUUUUAGUCUUGCAUUUUAUCCAUUAUCACUUUCACAAAAUAACAGCAUGCAACUUACAAGAUUGUUCUUUUAUUAUUAUUUUUUAAUUCUGUGUAUUAUAUCGAAUCGUGUCUUAUCUAGUGUUUCUAGAGAGUCAGUAGAGAGUGAAUGACAUAUAUUUAUUAUUAUUAUUAUUUUUAUUUUUAAUUAUAAAAAAAA